UGAAGCAAAUCAACAUGUUGAGGUCCGGGUUAAAAUACUUUGGAUAAGAAGAUGGAAGAUCUUUGAUCUUGGACAACAGCUAAAGGGACGUAAAAAUGCCGAAAAAGUGUAUUUGCGAGAUUUGUACUUGCGGACGCCAUCGUUGUCCACAUGAAGGCGCCAGUCCAAAUCGGAUCAUCAACAAAUCAACUCAAGAAAGAUGCCAUGUGAACUCAGAGUACAGAACAAGUUAUCAACCGGGGCAGCGUACAAGGGGACCUUUUCGUCGUCCAGUGGAUCUACUCCAAAACAAAGGCAACAUCGAUAAAGACACCACCCAAAAGGCUGACUAUGUUCCGUUCGAGGUGAGACCUCCAAAGAAAAAGAAGGCAGAAAAGUACGUACCCAAUCCAAACCCCUUUGAAACAGUUUCGGAACACAGAGAUCACUACCGUGGAGUACGUGCCAUACCAGCCAAGAUCCCUCCAUACAUCCGUGGAGAGACAUUGCGUGCUCCCUCAGCUAAGGUUGUUUAUAAAUCCAUUUCCCAUGACGAUUACAAAGGCUGGAUUCCUCAAGUUCACCGAGUGAUACGAAGUAACACUUACGCGCCGCCUGCCGACCCCUUCAAGGAAACAUCAAUCCACCGACAGGAUUACCAACGGUUUAAUCAGCCCCCACGGCCUACGGCGCGUCAGCCCGACCAGAUCAAAUACGACGGUCCGAUUUCAUCCGUCACCCAUUACAGGGUGGAUUUCAAAGACAAGGAGAUACCUCAGAGAUAUGAGAGGAAGAAAGAGGAGCGGGUGCCUCCUGAAGAACCUUUCAACAGUAAUUCAGUGUUCAGGGAGGAUUUUGUUGAUUUUCGAGGAGCGCCUAAAGCUCCCAUGUUCCACCCCGUAAGUGAUUUAUUUAAGAGUUCUGAGCCUAUGCAGCGUGAAACCACAAAAAAGGAAGAUUUUCAGAGCUGGGAGGUGUCAACAAGGAAGCAAAAAGAGCCCGAGAAGUACAAAACACCUGAGGGAACCAUGGACUGUCAGACUACACAUAUGGACUACGCCAAUUUCGGAAGGAAAGCUGUGCCAGCGAAAACCGCCAGACCACGUACCAAGCUGCGAUUUGGACGAGAGGAAACACUUGAUGACAAGACCAACUAUGGCCUCAGUUUUAAAUGGUUUUACGAGCCGGUUGUUCACUCAAAGGGCCCAGGAAUAAAAAAUGAGAUUUUCCCGCCCGUUCAAGAGAAGGUCCCAGAAAAGUCUGAAUUUCUGGAUAAAUACAAGAGGUUUACUGUUGUGCCUCCAAAGAUGUUCCGUGACCGUAGCGCCCUUUUCAAGACCUCCGAGGCAUUGGCUAAGGAUACAGUGUAUGACGACGAUUAUGUUUGGCCCCGAGUCAGUUGCCCGUCAGAUGCUCUUUUAAAAGGCUCAGGAAAUUUUGUUUUUGAUCAUGAAAGUGAAACCGGCCACAGAAUGUUUCAAUCAAUUUCUGAAAAUGCGCGUAGCACUGACAUAAUAGUUUCAUAACUAAAGUGUUUUAGCAAGUGUCAUUUCGAAUUGUAGAGAGUCAAAUGAAACAUGUCAGAGGGGUUUUGUAUAAUGAAACAAAAAUUAGUUUUCUUAACAAAUCUUUUUAUGGCACACACUGAGCCAGUUAAGAAAAGAUUUCAGUUCGCGCUGUAUUGAAAACUUGUGAGAUUCAGAAUCAUAGAAGAGUCUUUCAAACCAUGCAAGGAAAUUUAAGAACUCUGUUGUUUAUUGUUUCGUGUAUGCCAGAAAAAUUCACCAGUUAAGCUAUGGAGGUAAGAACAUCAAAUGCUACCGCAUAGAUAAACAGUAGAUUUCCAAUUUGUUUUGACGUCCAUGAAGUGAGCUCAAAACUGAAUAAUUUAGUGCCAGAGAAAAAUCGAGUUUCCAGAUGGGAUUUGUACCCACGGCCCUCCGUGAUCUAGUCGGAUGGUCUAACCACUGA